AUGAGUCGGCAGUUCGGGAUCAAGGAGGAAGGAGGAGAGAGGGGAGCAGGGAAGGGGGAACAGACAGGGAGAGAGAAGAGGAGUGGUGGAGAGAAGAGAGUGAUCGAGCGCGUGUACGAGAGAUCGACUGUGGAGAGCGGAAGGAGAUUGGCUGGAGAGUUCGAGAGUUCGAGAGUUCGAGAGAUCGAGUCGGCAGGAGUAAGAAAGUGCGAGGAGGAAGGGAGACAGAAGAUCUCGGACGGGAGAGGAGAAGGGGCUCGAGCUCGAGCAGUCGAUCCAAGCGGAAGAGGAGGGGAAGCAAUACGGGCUCGGGAGUACGGAAGGUGUACAAGAGGGGCAGGCAGUGUAGGUGUCAAGGCGAACGACAAAGUCAGCAGCAGAGGCGUAAGAGAGAACGGAGGCAGACAGCGAAGGAAAGGUGGAGGAGAAGAAGUCAGAAAGGUGAAAGUAGGAGAGGAGAAGAGUGAAGGAGAGGUGAGAGAGGCGGAGAGUGGAG